AUUGCUUUAAACUCAGAAAAAACAAUGGAAGAGACUGAGCUCGAAAAUAAAACACAGCAAAUUGAGAUGAAGAGACUGUUUGAUGGUGGAACAGAUACAAUAAAGGCAAAAGAAGAAACAGUAGAACAAGCUACGCAGGACCAUAAAACAGUGAAGAUUUGGGGGAAUGAAGAGAACAGAGAUUUGGAAGAGAUAAGUGAAACAAUAGAAACAGUAACUAAGAGGAAGAGACUUAAUUCUGAAGAAAGGGAGAGUGAGAAUAUUCGAAAAGGAAGUGAAAGUGGGAUCAACCCCUGGGCUUAUCAUGAAGAGAAACAUGAGAGUGGAUUGGAUAGGGUAGUAAUUGAAGAGGAGGCAUCUUCAGAAGAAAUGGAAGAUAGCAGUGGAGAAGAUGAUAGACUGAUGAGCAGUGAAUCUAGCACUCAGGAACAAAUAGAGUCACCUCCUGUGUGUGACUCUUGUGGAGUGGUGAUGGAGACACAGGAACCAUCAAUGACCCAACAGGUACUGUGUGCAGAGGGCACUGUAAAGCAGAUAUACCCCUUGCCACCAGGACAACCCCUGCUACAGCGUGAGAAAGUGUUCUUUCACUUAUCAGUAAAGGAGCAGCAGGAAACCAUGCAAAGGCUAAAGGACCUGCAGAGGGAGGCAGAGAUGAAGUGUGCUAGUGACAGGAGGAGGCAAAUGCUACGGUUUCAAGAGAGACUGUCCAUUGCCAGAAUCAGAAAAUCACAGGAAGAUCUUUUGGGAACCUCUCCGAGUGCAUCCCCUCUCCUGUCCCCAGAACCAUCGCCCCAGGGUGAUACAGAGCAUCAAAAGACAGCAGUAAGAGAGCAUCUAGAAAGGGUUAAACGAGAGCGUACGAACAUCAUGCAGACAAAGAGAGAAAGGAACACAAGCACCUUCAGAGAGCUACUGGAUCCUGUACUGACCAGGAGUGAAUGUGAGGAUGGAGGAGCAGGACUCAGAGGAACAGAAGGGGUUUAAGUAAAGAUUAUGAUAAUGGUUAAGGAGGGGUGCAAGGAGAGAGAAACCAAGUACUCAGAUCUGUACAUGAAUCAACUUCCUAUCAACCAGAGUGUCAAUGGACCA